UCCUUUUUUCUGAACGGUAGUCGAAUUUAGCUGAAGAUGCCUUUUUCGGUGCUAUAUACUCGUAUUCUUCGUGAAUGAGAAUGUUAGUUUUCAAUUUUGGGUGAAACAUCAGGACUUUUUAAAAAAAAUUGAAAAAUUUAUUGGUUGCAACAUUGGAUAUUUGGUAAGUGAAAAUAGAAUUCAAUUGAAUUGGUUUGAACCUGGGCUGCGUUUGGUUUGAGGGAAAACAAUUUUUCUUUUGUGAAGGAAAGGAAAACAAUGUUCCAAAAGCUGGAAAAUAACUCUCCCAUAUUCUCCUCACUACUCCCUUAAAUCCCGUUUUCUCUCCUUCCGUUCAUCAUCCCCUUUCCACUUCCAUUUCCUUUUUCUCGAUAAAUUUUCUUGUAAGGAAGCAAACAAAGCUAUUUUACAACUGUGUUUUUCCCUUGAAAUUGUUUUGAUAAAUGGAAAAUAGUUAUCCGUUAAAACAAACGGAACCCUAGUUAACGUUAGUAUGAGAAAAAUAUGAGCUAAUUCUUACUUCCUCGUUUUAAUUUUAUAUUUUUACCAUUUCUGCAAUAAUAUGCGAAGUAAUGAUGAUAGAUGAUAUAGUGAUAGUCCUGAAUCCUGAUAAAGUUCACAGGAAUUUAUCCAAAAAGUCAAAUGGGGUCGAUUUGGUUAAACAGAGAAAUUACUACUUAGUGAAAGUGAAAUGUCAAAGACCUGAAAUAGUUACAAUGAGGAUUAAUCCUGGGAUGGAGUGAAUCUUUCGUGUAAAAAUAAAGUAGAUGAGUGAAUCCCAAUGAUCUCAUAUUCACAGUUUUCUUAAAUGUGAAUAUAGUAUGUAAUAUAUUCAGGAGAUAAGAAGUCACCGUUCCAAAAAAUGGUGGUAGUUGCACAAGUAGCAGUGACUGUAUAUGGAAUUUGGAGUAUUAGAAAAGAUGCUUUGUGGAAAGGGAAACUACCUACUGUAGUUUCAACAACUAAUGAGAUUCAGAGUAAUGUAAAAGGAAUUAGAGGUGCUAUGGGGAAGAAAGUUUCUGAAGUUGGUAGGAAUUGGUUAGAAGAGUUGUCGUUCUUCUGUUUGGAUGUUUGGGAAGUUGUAAGCCGUUUGGCUGAUGUUGGAUGAGGGUCUUUUAGCCCUUUAGGUUAUAUAUUUGUGUGUUUUGAAAUGAUAUUUCCUCACUUACCCAAUUUUUUUUGUAGAGGUCGGUUCACUGGUAUAAUUUGCAUGGACUCAUUACUUACAAAUUUAUUGCCCUCAUACAAUCAUGAUUAAGGAUUAAAGGUCCUGUUUGGCAUUAACUUUUCAAGUAGGUUUUAGAGUUUUAACCUGUUCAAAACUCAACAAUGAAAAAGGUGUUCGAUGAACUAGUGUUUAAGGUAGGGAGAGGUGCAUUAGUGUUUUGAAAUAACUCAAAUAUUUAUCCAUUGGGAGUUAGAGGUAACUUUUGUAGGUGUUCGAUGAAGUAGUGUUAGAAACUUCAUUCACAAUUGAUUUUUGUCUUCAUUUUCUUUUGGUACGACUGCCUGAGCAAACGAGCAAAUGAGCUUUGGCCGGAAAAAGGUUGGAUGUUUACAUCCAUGAUUAUUUGUUGAAAAGAAAAUUGCAUAAUUCUGCCAAAGCAUUUAUGGCGGAAGGGAAGGUGGCUACUGAUCCAGUUGCUAUCGACGCUCCUGGAGGGUUUCUUUUCGAAUGGUGGUCUGUCUUUUGGGACAUCUUUAUUGCUAGAACAAAUGAAAAGCAUUCAGAAGCUGCAGCAGCUUAUAUCGAGACACAACAAAUGAAGACUAGAGAGCAGCAACAACAGCAGCAGCAACAACAGCAGCAGCAGCAACUGCAAAUACAACAGUUGCAACUCAUGCAGCAGCGAAAUGCCCAGAUGCAGAGAGGCGGUCCUAACCAUCCUCCUCUUGGUGGUUCCGUAAAUGGUAUUAUGGAUAAUAGGAUGGCCCUCCUCAAAUCAGCGAGCAUGCCGAGCAAUCAGCAAGGCCAGUUGAUCCAAGGUAAUUCCGGGGCCAUGUCUGCAGCUUUGCAACAAAUCCAGACACGACCUCAUAUGACCGCUGAUCACAAGAGUGAUGUGAACAUCGGUGGAGCACAGAAAUCUUUGCCCAUGGACCCUUCAAUUUAUGGCCAGGCUAUUUUGCAAUCAAAAUCCGGAAUAGGCAAUGCAGGUUUGAAUCCCGGCAUCAACAGUCUUCCUUUAAAGGGUUGGCCCCUAACUGGAAUUGACAACUUGAGGAUGCAGACGCAGAAGCCUCUAAUUCAAAAUCAAAUUCUUCUGGCGGCACAGCAACAACAAGUUUUAUCACAGGCUCAGACACAGAAUAGCCUUGGAAAUUCACCAAGUUAUGGAGAUAAUGAUCCUCGAAGAUUCAAUGGACUACCAAAGGGUAGCUUGAAUACAAAAGAGGCUCAAUCUGCAAGAAAUGAUGUCUGCUCUCCAAUGCAAUCAAGUUCACCACAGAUGAAGAUGGGUCAGAUGCAGCAAUCUUCUUCACAGCAGCAAGAUCAGUUGCAGCAGCAACAAAUACAACAGGUUGUCCAUUUUGUCAGGGACCGAUUACAAAACCCUAAUAACAGAAAAAGAAAACAGCAUUCCUCUUCGGGACCAGCAAACAGUACAGGAACAGGCAACACUGUAGGCCCUUCUCCUAACUCUCCUCCAUCAACUCAUACACCUGGUGAUGGGAUUGGACCAGCGAACAGUCUGCAGCAGGUUAACAGCAUGCCUAAAAGCUUAAUGAUGUAUGGUGCUGAAGGAACUGGAGCGCUGGCUUCAUCUUCAAAUCAGCUGGAUGACAUAGAGCAGUUUGGAGAUGUUGGCUCUCUAGAUGAUAACGUGGAGUCAUUCCUGUCUCAUGAUGGAGGGGAUGGAAAGGAUCUCUAUGGAUCACUCAAACCAAGUCCAGCUGAACCAAAACCAGAGCCCUCCAAGGGCUUUUCUUUUGCUGAAGUAGGAUGUAUACGUACAAGGAAUAAAGUCACAAGCUGCCAUUUUUCUUCAGAUGGAAAGUAUUUGGCCAGUGCUGGGCAUGACAAAAAGGCUGUCCUCUGGAACAUGGAUACUUUGCAAACAGAGAACACUCCUGAGGAUCAUACACUUGUAAUUACUGAUGUUCGUUUCAGGCCAAAUUCAACUCAUUUAGCGACGGCUUCAUUUGAUGGAUCUGUACGACUGUGGGAUGCAUCCAAUCCCAGCUAUUGUUUGAAUGUCUAUCCUGGACGAGGCACCCAUGUUAUGUCACUUGAUUUCCACCCUAAGAAGAACGAUCUUUUCUGUUUUUGUGACAGUAACAAUGAAAUUCACUACUGGAGCAUGAGUCCAUUUUCCUGUAUCCGCAUGUCUAAGGGUGGUACGGCACAAGUGAGAUUCCAGCCAAGAGUAGGGCAGUUUCUCGCAGCUGCAUCAGAUAAAGUUGUUUCCAUUUUCGAUGUUGAGUCAGACAGGCUAACACACUCUUUCCAGGCACACUCUGAUGUUAUAAACUACAUAUGCUGGGAUGCAAGUGGAGAACUUCUAGCUUCUGUCAGUCAAGAUAGUGUAAAAGUUUGGUCGUUGACCUCAGGAGAAUGCAUUCAUGAGCUGUGCUCGAGUGGAAAUCCAUACCAUUCAUGUGUUUUUCAUCCCAGUUUCUCAACGCUCUUGGUGGUUGGAGGCACACGGUCCCUGGAGUUGUGGAACAUGGCUGACAACAGGAGCAUGACGGUUCCAGCACAUGACAAUAUUGUAUCAGCUUUAGCCGCAUCUGCCACUGGAAUGGUUGCUUCAGCCGGGCAUGACUGCGCUGUUAAGCUGUGGAAAUAAAGCGUGAUUGUGGUUAAGUUAAAUAUCCGAAAAUACAUACCGGUAUUGUCCUGAAAUUUUAUUGAGUCUGUGAAAUAAAUGCUUGAGCUUUGGGAUGACAAAUACGAUCCUUGCUAUAAUGCGCUACACAGAAGAGAGCAUCUGGCAUCCUCGAGUAUUUAAACAGUUGGUAUGGACUAUGGAGGUAUAGAAGCACGGAAAAGGGUGUGUUUCUUGCAAAUUUUACUAGUAUCGCCAUUCAUGUUGCUGUUCUAUUUAUGAUGCCUACGGCUUGUACUUUUAUGUAUUUAUACUACUACAUUCCAAUUUUCCUUUUUUCUAUUUUUAUGUAUGUUAAUUUUUUUAAGUUCAUCUGACCUAGAUCUUGUUUUAGAAUGUAGUUCGCACAACCCAGGAUUUGAGUCAUUUGACGUUGUAGAUCCAUGGGCAUUCUGUUGUAUUCCAUAGGAGUAUUUAUAUUGUAUUAUAGCUCAUGUAUUAUGUUCUGUAGGGAUGUCGUGACCGUAAAACCAGAUUGGGCCGUUUAGAACAUAUACUUGUAUAUUUUUAUUUUGCUGUGUAAGUUUAUAGCAUAACGUUCUUAACGCAAGAGUACACUGUUGAUUUCAAUGGUAUGAAUGAAGAUGGUCGACGAUUAUCUUUGA